AUGGCCCUGGGCAAUCUCUCCACCCGGCCAGAGUUCCUCCUCCUGGGUCUGAUGGACGGAACAGACGUGCACCCGCUGUUGUUCCUGCUCUUCCUUGGCGUCUACCUGCUCAACGGCCUGGGCAACCUGAGCAUGGUGGCCGUGGUGAGGACCGACGGGGCCCUCCAGGCCCCCAUGUAUUACUUCUUGGGUCACCUGAGCCUGGUGGACGUCUGCUUCACCACCGUCACGGUCCCCAGACUGCUGAUCGGGCUCCUCCACCCCAGCCAGGCUGUGUCCUUCGAGGGCUGCUUUGCCCAGAUGUACUUCUUUGUGGCUCUGGGCAUCACCGAGAGCUACCUCCUGGCAGCCAUGUCCUACGACCGCGCGGUGGCCGUCUGCCGGCCCCUGCACUACGGCACCAUCAUGACGCCUCGGCGCUGCGCGCUGCUGGUCGCGGCGUCCUGGGUCUUGGCCCACCUGCACUCGCUGCUGCACACGCUGCUCAUCUCCGCGCUCUCCUACCCGCGCUCCGCCUCUGUGCGCCACUUUUUUUGUGACAUGACAGUGAUGCUGAGCCUCGCAACCUCGGACACCACGGCUGAGGAGACUGCGAUCUUCACCGAGGGCCUGGCCGUGGUGCUGACCCCGCUGCUCCUCGUGUCCCUCUCCUACGCGCACAUCCUCCUCACCGUGCUGGGGGUGCGGGCGGCCGGAGGCCGGCGCCGCGCCUUCUCCACCUGCGGCGCCCACUUGGUGGUGGUGUCGCUUUUCUUCGGCUCGGUGCUCUCCGUCUACUUCCGACCAUCCUCGGCCUACUCGGCCAGGUACGACCGCCUGGCCAGCGUGGUCUACGCAGUGGUCACGCCGACGCUGAACCCCUUCAUCUACAGCCUCCGCAACAGAGAGGUCAAAGGUGCCCUGAAAAGGGGGCUUAGAUGGAAGGCUGCAGCCCCGGAGCAAUGA